AUGGCUGAUGAUAAUAUUGAAUUAAACGAUAGCUUUGAAAGGUUGCUGUUACAAAGUGAUGACGAACAUGAUUCUGAUUUAAUGGAAACAAUUCAACAGGACGAAUCUGAUGAAUCCGAUAGUGCUGAUAGUGAAUCAACUGAUGGUGGUAGUGAUGAUGGUUCAGAAGAAUGGUCGAAAAAUGUGCAGAAACCUUUAAGAUGGGAUUUUGAUGACGGAACUGCGGGCAUGAAUAUGGAUAUGGUAAUGGAUUGCAAAGAACCUGUCGAUUACUAUAACUUAUUUAUGAACAACGAACUUAUCGAUUUUAUUGUGGAAGAAACUAAUCGUUAUGGACCAACAAAGGAUUCAAACUAUUUGCCGACAAAUAAUAUGGAAAUGCGAAAAUUUAUGGCUAUCAUUUUGCAAAUGGGAUAUGUUGUUCUGCCUAAACUCGAUGAUUAUUGGUCCUCUGACCCUGCUAUUAGCGGUAAAGCAAUAUGUGGAGGUGUAAUGACAAGGAAAAGAUUUUAUUCUUUGAUGAGAUCCCUCCACUUCGCUGACAAUGACAACAAUAAUGGAUCAAAAUUAUAUAAAAUAGAAAAAUUUGUCAACUUGUUCAUUGCCAGAUGUCAACACUUACUGGUUCCAGGCAGAGAUAUAUGCAUUGACGAAAGCAUGAUACCCUUUCGCGGCAGACUUCGAUUUCGUAUGUAUAUUCCUAGUAAAAGGCAUAAAUAUGGCAUCAAAAUCUUUAAAUUGUGUAGCAACAACGGAUACACUUAUAAUUUAUCAAUUUAUGCCGGUAAAGAGGACCAGCCAAGAUAUGGUUCUGUGGCAGAACGUGUAGUUUUAAAACUAAUGGAAAACCUUCUUGGACAUGGCAGAAUUCUGUAUACAGAUAACUGGUAUACAAAACAAAAUGGUGAUGGUAUUAUGAUUUUAAAAUGGAAAGAUAAAAGAGAAGUUAUAAUGCUUUCAUCUAUUCACGAUGGUAGCAUUACGGAGAGAGGAAAACCUGCUGUUAUCGUAGAUUACAAUAAAGGGAAAUCGUUUAACGAUCUAUCUGACCAAUUGGGCUCUUAUUGUCCAUACGUACGUAAAACAAUGAAAUGGUACCUCAGAAUCUUUUUUCAUAUAAUUACUCAAGUUUCCAUUGUUAAUGCUCUGCAUCUUUAUAAAUUACAUAGCGGAAAAAAUAUCAAAAUUGUACAAUUCAAAAGAGAUAUUGUCUCAUCAAUUUUGCAACUGGAAAAGCCAACAUCUUCUGGACGAAAACAUCAACUUGAAAAAGAACCAGGAGAAGGAACUAUUCGAAAACGACGUUGUACUGAAUGCUACAACAAAUUAUCAAAAGAAUUUGGUGCCACAAUUGCCAGGAAUCGUGCUAGUCAAAUUAAGACAAGAUUGUUUUUUAUAAUUUGA